CUUCCUGCGCGCGGCGCUGGAGUUCCGGGAGUGCCGGAAGCGCCGCUCUGCGGUCGUCAGGGCGACCGUGCGGGCCGCGAAGGCGGGAGCCGUGGCCGGCGGCGCCGGGAGCGAGGUGGAGAUGGAGGCGCUGGGGAGGCUCUGGGCGCCCGGGUGCCCCCGCGCUCAGCUGCAGGCCUCGGGGUCCGGCCUCUGCCUGGCCUCUGGGGCAGCAGACUCGCUGCCCGACGAAGACCGCGACGUGGGCAUGUCCGGCUCCCCGCUCUCGGAGGUAAGGUGGGGUGAAGCGAGCGACCACGAGGACGAGCCCGCGGACAGAGCCCUCCCUGAAGACCCGGAGACCUGCCUGCAGCUGAACAUGGUCUACCAGGAGGUGGUCCGGGAGAAGCUGGCCGAGCUGCGGCUGCUGCUGGCCCAGAACCGGGAGCAGCAGGAGGAGAUCCUGUGGCUGCUAGCUGGGUCCAAGGGCCCGCGGGUGAAGGGCAGCAGGGGCCUGCCACAGAACGUGUACAUCGGGCACUUCAUGAAGCCCUACUUCAAGGACAAGGUCACCGGCGUGGGGCCUCCUGCCAACGAGGACGCGCGGGAGAAGGCCACACAGGGCAUCAAGACGUUCGAGGAGCUCCUGGUGACCAAAUGGAAGAGCUGGGAGAGAGCCCUGCUCAGGAAGUCGGUGGUGAGUGACCGCCUGCAGCGCCUGUUGCAGCCCAAGUUACUCAAGCUCGAGUACUUGCGCCAGAAGCAGAGCCAGGUGUCCGGCGAGCCCGAGAGGCAGGCCCUGGAGAAGCAGGCCCAGGAGGCAGCGCGGGAGAUCGAGCGCAUCAACCAGCUCCCAGAGGAGGUGCUGCUGGGCAACAGGCUGGACAGCCACGACUGGGAGAAGAUUUCCAAUGUCACGUUUGAAGGGGGCCGGAGCGCGGAGGAGAUCCGGAAGUUCUGGCAGAACUCGGAGCACCCGAGCAUCAACAAGCAGGAGUGGAGCGCGGAGGAGGCGGAGCGGCUGAGGGCUGUGGCGGCCGCGCACGGCCACCUGGAGUGGCAGAAGGUCGCGGAGGAGCUGGGGACGGGCCGCAGCGCCUUCCAGUGCCUGCAGAAGUUCCAGCAGCAGAGCAAAGCCCUGAAGCGCAAGGAGUGGACGGCCGAGGAGGACCGCCUGCUCACCCAGCUGGUCCAGGAGAUGCGCGUCGGGAGCCACAUCCCCUACCGCAGAAUUGUCUACUACAUGGAAGGCAGAGACUCCAUGCAGCUCAUCUACCGCUGGACCAAGAGCUUGGACCCCAGCCUGAAGAAGGGCUCCUGGGCCCCAGAGGAGGACGCUAAGUUGCUUCAAGCCGUUGCCAAACACAGAGAGCAGAAUUGGUUUAAAAUCCGGCAAGAGGUGCCAGGUAGGAGCGAUGCCCAGUGCCGAGACCGGUACAUCCGAAGGCUGCAUUCCAGCCUGAAGAAGGGGCGCUGGAACCCGGAGGAAGAGCAGCAGCUCGUGCAGCUGAUCGGAAAGCACGGCGUGGGUCGCUGGGCAAAAAUUGCCUCUGAGCUGCCCCACCGGUCAGGCUCCCAGUGUCUGAGCAAGUGGAAGAUCAUGAAGCGGCAGCGCCCGCAGAAGCAGCAGCGGCGCCGGCUGCGUCGGCGCAGUGUGCGCUGGAGCUCCAGCAGCAGCGACAGCAGUGACAGCGCUGGCAGCACCGGUGGCACCGGCAGCACCAGCGGCAGCAGCAGCGAGGACUCGGAGGCAGAGCCAGAGGAGCCCCGGGGGCUUGGCCGGGUGCUGCCGUCCCCGCAGUACGUGGUGCCGGACAUGGACCUGUGGGUCCCUGCCAGGCAGAGCACCGGCCAGCCUCGCGGCGGAGCGGCCGGGGGCUGGAUGGGACAGCUGGCUGCCGGCGGUGCCCAGGGCGACAGCAGGGCAGCUGGCGCCCACAGCCCCGUCCCGCGAGGUGACCGGCACCCAGAGGCAGCAGACCCUCAGCCUGCGAGCUCAGAGGAGGCACUGGGCAAGGGUGGGAAGCAGCUGCCGAACACGCCCCUGGAGACGGUGCUGAGGACCCACAGCGCCGCCUGGAGCAGCUCGCUGAAGGCAAAGCUGAGCCAGUCGCCCCUGCCCAGCUCAGCCCCAGGACCCGGCCCUGGUGACGGCGUGACCGCACCCCACCUGCGACGGUUGUGGCGUGGAACUUUCCAGAACAGGCAGCGGCCUCGGAGACACACUCUGCACCGGAGGCUCCUUAGGCGCAGACUUCUGCUGGCUGUGGCCCCCUGGGUGGACAGCAGCACCCUGUCCUGCCCACAGGCUCCACCCGCCGCGGUGCCGGCCCGAGCCGACCGCAUCCGGGCGCGGCUGGAGCGCGUGCACCUGCCCAGCACGCCGGUGUUCGCCCUGCUCAUCCAGCUGUUCCAGAUCGACACCGCCGGCUGCAUGAAGGUUGUGGAGGAGCGGAAGGCCCAGCUGCCCGUGCUGCCCCAGGCCGCCCGGCGGAACCCGGCACACCUGGCUCAGGCACCCUCGAGGGCCCAGGACACCCCAGGCCGCGUCUUCCCAAACCCGCCGCCUCCGCAAGCUGCCAGGGAUGCCGGCCACAGAGGGAGCGCGCGGCUGCCAGCGCCGCAGGCCCCGUCCUCCCGCACCCCUCCCCAGUGCGGCCCCCGGCCCAAGCCCAAGACGGUGUCCGAGCUGCUGCGGGAGAAGCACCUGCGGGAAGCCCGUGCCAGGAAGGCCGCCAUGGCCCUCGCGCCGCGGCUGCUGGUCUCGCCCGUGGUCCUGCCGCCGCCCCUGCCGCCGGCCUCCCUCCACGCCCCCGCCUUGGGGCCCGGCGUCUCUGCCUCAGCCAGCGCAGGCGCUGCGGCCCCCUGCCAGGAGGCCAGGACGGCACACGAGAGGUCCCCGGCCCUGCAGGGCCUGCCCCUCGCUCUGGCUGUCUCAGGGGCCAGCGGCGACUCCCCUGCCCUGGGCCCCAGCCAGGUCCCCGCCCAGCAGCAGCUGAGCGGUGCGGGACAGCGUGAGGCUCCCGCCGUGGCCCCGAGGCAGGGCCUGCCGGAGGCUCCCUUCAUCUCUCUGGUCCCGAGCCCUGCUCUGCAGCCGGUGCAGCCCCUCGGCCUGACGCCGGCCCUGGGCACGCACACUAGUGGGCCCCAGGUGGCGCCCAGCGUCCCCCUGCCCCUCACCUGGGUGCUCACCGCCCAGGGCCUGCUCCCUGUGCAGCUGCCACCCCUGGCCAACCUCCCCAUGCCAGCAGGGACGCCCCAGGGGCUUCCACCGCCCCCAACCACCAAGGACACAGAGACGGACCCCUCGGCCCCGCCCACGCCGCCCUUGUCCCGCAGCCCUGCAGCUGGAGAGACUCCUGUGCCCAGGGCGUCCCCCCAGCCCAGCCAGCUGCCCACCCCCGACGACACUGGCCCCAGGAGCGACCCAGCGGGGACUACAGGUCCUGGAGGGCAACUGGGCCUGGAGAAGCUGCCCCCUCCAUGGCCCGGGUCCGAGAAGGGGGCCCUGGACCUGAGCCUGCUCUCCUGGGAGAACGAGGCGGCCACUCAGGCCUGGCUGAAGGGGCGGCAGGGGGUGAGUGUGCGCCCCCUGCAGUGCAGCCUGCCCUACCAGCCCCCGACCCUGUGCAGCCUGCGCGUGCUAGCCCGUCUGCUGCUGCACAAGACAGCCUUGGAGCACAAGGCCGCCUCCCUGGCUGCCGGCGGCACCGCCGAGGGCCCGGCGGAGCCCAGGCCGGGCAGCCUGCAGGCCUCGCUCCAGCUGGUGGGGAGGCGGCUCCAGGACAACCCGGCCUACCUGCUGCUGAAGACGCGGUUCCUGGCCGCCUUCACCCUCCCUGCCUUCCUGGCCACCCUGCCGCCCCCUGGUGUCCCCACCACCCUGUCGGCAGCCACGAGGGGGCCCUCCGAGAGUGAGGACGAGGACCUGGACCUGGGCGAGCUGCGCUUUCUGUACCGGCACAGGCGCAGCGGCGAGGAGAGCAGUGGCCCAGGGGCGCCGGCGGCCACGAGCCUCGUUCAGGGCUCCGCGCCCGGCUCUGCUCCUGAUGGCCAAGAUGUGCUCAGGACCCGGCACUCCUGGCACCCCCGGAAGCCGAGAUGAGGGAAGAGGCCGCCAGAGGCCAGGGCAGAUGCUGGACGCCUGGACACCUGUGACCUCUGCCUGCGUCGGGGGAGGCCCUGCCCACAGCUGCCCGCGGGCACACCGAGUACUUGAAGAAAUAAAUCAGUAUUCUAUUUUUUUAAUUAAAAAACAAGA